GGACGGCGGCGACGGCAGGGGCCGAGGGGGCGGUCGCUACGAGGCGGGUGCGGAGCGGGCGGAAGAGGCGUCUGUGCGGGCGGUGAGGUCGCAGAGGAACAUCGUGGGGAUCAGCGACUAUCAUCUGUUCUACAAGAUGAGUAACAGCCACCCUCUUCGCCCCUUUACUGCAGUGGGGGAAAUUGAUCAUGUGCACAUUUUGUCUGAACAUAUUGGUGCCUUGUUGAUUGGGGAAGAAUAUGGCGACGUCACAUUUGUUGUGGAAAAGAAACGUUUUCCUGCCCACAGGGUAAUUUUAGCAGCAAGGUGCCAAUAUUUUCGAGCAUUACUAUAUGGUGGAAUGCGAGAAUCUCAGCCUGAAGCCGAAAUCCCUCUCCAAGACACCACUGCAGAAGCAUUCACAAUGCUACUUAAAUACAUCUACACUGGGCGUGCAACGCUGACAGAUGAGAAGGAGGAGGUGCUGCUGGACUUUUUGAGCCUGGCUCAUAAAUAUGGAUUUCCAGAGCUGGAGGAUUCUACCUCUGAGUACCUCUGCACCAUACUUAACAUUCAGAAUGUCUGUAUGACUUUUGAUGUUGCCAGUCUCUACUCCCUUCCCAAGUUAACGUCCAUGUGCUGCAUGUUUAUGGACAGAAAUGCUCAGGAGGUGCUCUCAAGCGAAGGCUUCCUCUCCCUUUCUAAGACAGCACUUUUAAACAUCGUAUUAAGAGAUUCAUUUGCAGCUCCCGAAAAAGAUAUCUUCCUAGCCUUGUUAAACUGGUGUAAACAUAAUUCAAAGGAGAAUCAUGCUGAAAUCAUGCAGGCUGUCCGUUUGCCUCUGAUGAGCCUCACUGAACUUCUGAAUGUCGUGAGGCCUUCGGGACUAUUGUCUCCUGAUGCCAUUCUGGAUGCUAUUAAAGUUCGAUCAGAGAGCCGGGACAUGGACCUCAAUUAUAGAGGCAUGCUCAUACCAGAAGAAAACAUUGCAACUAUGAAAUAUGGAGCCCAGGUGGUAAAAGGGGAGCUGAAGUCUGCCUUAUUAGAUGGUGACACUCAAAAUUAUGAUUUGGAUCAUGGAUUUUCUAGGCACCCAAUUGAUGAUGACUGCCGUUCUGGCAUCGAGAUUAAGCUAGGUCAGCCAUCCAUUAUCAAUCAUAUACGGAUACUCCUGUGGGACCGAGAUAGCCGGUCUUAUUCAUACUUCAUUGAAGUCUCAAUGGAUGAACUUGAUUGGAUCAGAGUGAUUGAUCAUUCGCAAUAUCUGUGUCGUUCUUGGCAAAAGCUGUAUUUUCCAGCCCGUGUCUGCAGCCUAAUUCACAGUAUCACAAGACACUUUACAGAAAGAGUCAAUUGCAAGCUUAAAAGAAAAAGGAAACUUUUAAGGUAUAUUCGAAUAGUUGGGACUCACAACACAGUGAAUAAGAUUUUUCACAUUGUGGCUUUUGAAUGUAUGUUUACAAACAAAACCUUCACUCUGGAGAAGGGGCUAUUAGUUCCCAUGGAGAACGUUGCAACAAUUGCUGAUUGUGCCAGCGUGAUUGAAGGAGUCAGUCGGAGCCGAAAUGCCUUGCUGAAUGGGGACACUAAGAACUAUGACUGGGAUUCUGGCUAUACAUGUCAUCAGCUAGGAAGUGGUGCAAUUGUGGUUCAACUGGCACAGCCAUACAUGAUUGGGUCAAUACGGUUAUUACUGUGGGACUGUGACGAUCGGAGCUAUAGCUACUACGUCGAGGUUUCCACUAACCAGCAGCAGUGGACCAUGGUAGCUGACAGAACUAAAGUCACCUGCAAGUCCUGGCAAUCAGUAACUUUUGAAAGACGGCCGGCCUCCUUCAUUCGAAUCGUUGGAACACACAACACAGCAAAUGAGGUGUUCCACUGCGUCCACUUUGAGUGUCCCGAGCAGCAGAGCAACCAUCAGGAGGAAAACAGCGAGCAAUCGGGGACAGGGGACACUAGCCCAGCCAGUCAGCAGCCCGACUCCCACGCCCUGCAGGCCCCCAGCGGCAACUCACUGCACUCCAGCCCAGGCUCCAACUCAUACUCAGCCAACCGGCAGCACCAAUAAAGGAGGCGCACGUGUGGAGUGACUCGGCUGGGCCCAGGUGGCACAGGAGCCGUGUCCUCCCCAAGCAGGGAUGCCUGUGGACGCCUCCCCCUGCCACCCCCGCCCCACGAGGAACAGACCUGGCUGCAGAAACGCACAGGACAGGUUUCCUCCCAAGGACACAAAGGGGCUGCUUUGUUCUCCUCAGUUUGUUCAAAUCAGGCUGGUCUCCAGGGGGAGAAAGUGGGUCUUCAAUCUUCAUCAAGUCCAUUAACACCCUACCUCUCUAAUCUAACCCUGCAAAGACCACAGAAGGAAGUAAUAGGCCUGAGUCGGAAUACAAAGAUGGCACAUGAACACAGGAAUGGAAGAGAAUGUAUUAGGCCUUCCUUAACCUGGAGGCACCCUGUAGGAAAUGGGUUUCCUUAGAGUGUUUACUUUUAUGGAACACAUUGCCCUGGCAACUAAAUAAUUUUUUAUUUCUUUUAGUUAUUCUCCAUUUGCUGAAUCAUAGGUUUUCCAGAUCUUUAUGAAAGGUUCAAACAGCAAAUCACUUGUUUUAAUCCCUUUUGACGCUGUAAUUUUCCUUCCUUAGUUUUGAACGGUUGAGCGUGGGGUAGAGCUGAGAAAUAUCAUGCGCAUCUCCUAAAUGAGGCACAGAUGCAGCUCCUUAUGGCACCUGGUCUGACGAGGAAAAUCCUUUGAGGAAGAUCAACAAAAUACACAAGGAGCAAAUUAAUCUGUGGACACUGGAGUUAAUAAUCACUUGAAUUGCCAAGUUAUUAACCUGUCAUUCCUGAAACGUAUCCAGCCUUUAAGCUUGGGAGGCUUACAAGGAAACAGUGAUUAUGUCACCAGCUAAUAUAAUGUUCAGAAGUAUGUAUGAGUGUAUACCAACUUCCGGUUGGGCUGGACCUGUCCUCCAUUUGCCACAGGUUAGUGAGCGGUGUGGAGGCAGCCGUCCUGCCAGUCGGUGUCGGGAAUGCAAAAGUGGGCCUUUUCCCGCGUGGCGGUGAUCGGUGGUUGCUGUUUUUCCCCCAGACCAUAACACUCAGCCAGGGAUUGAAAAAAAAACAUCAGUUCUAAGAAGCUUUCCUUUUAGUCCUCAUUGAAACGAUCUCAUCUGACAGUUGUCGCUUGAUCUGGCUCUGUGUGUCUGAGUAAUUUCCAUCCCAGUGCUAACUGCCCUGUGUAACUUGAUCAGAUUGUGUCCGGUUUUUGCUCAUCCCCUGAUUCUUCCGUUGGCUGGCUGUCUCGAUCAGGUCCUCUGUGCAUCCUGCUUGGAGGAGGGGUGGGGCCGACGGGGGGUCCUUUCUGUCUUAAAGACACAUGGUCAUGGGUGUACAAAGAGCCAGUGGGUCAGCUGUUUCCUCCUACUGUGAUGUAGUUGUGAUUUAUCAGUAUUGGAAUAGUAGGGUAGCUUCAAGCUGCAUGAUUAAAUGGGAAGGUUGUCUUUCUGCUAGUCUCCCUCGGUGCCCUCGACUCUGAUCUCUGUCUGCGUCCCCCUGCGUGGGGUGAGUGGAACCCUCUGAGGGGAACAGCUUUUCACAAUGAGAGGGGCUCUGGUAACAAAUAGCGGUGCCGCUCGCUUGCUUGCCACGGGUGGCUGGCCGCGCUCUGUGGCUGGCGCUGCCUCCCUCAGCAUCCAGCCCCUUCUCCAGUUAGAGCUGAGGAUUCCUGACAACUCAGCACUUCCUCCAGCGGUGCAUUCACUGCCCACAGGGGAGGCAGGAGGAGCAGGGAAGUCAGAAGAGGGCAGGGUUCAAAUGUUUUGCAAGUAUCAUCUAUUCAAGGGCUUCUUCUCAAACUCUGAAGUCACCUGUCCAGAGAGGAAUCACUGCUGACCCACGGAAGUGCGGGGUGGGCUGGGGGAGGGUCUGGAGCCCUUCAGUACUUUUCUCCAUCCAGGCACAGGUAACUAACUGCGUCCUGGACACUCAGCUUCACACCUGAAGAGGCAUGAACUGUGCCCUGCAUGGCCAGUGGCUCACCCUCUGCUUCCUGUCCUCUGUGAAUUCUCUUUGGUGUUCGUUCCUUCCAGAUCUCUGCCCUGAGGUCUGUCUGGAGAGAAUAAAGCUUGUCUCUCUCCUGUUCCUCCAGCACUUCAGACACACCUUGUUCUCAGAUAAAGGGAAGGAAGGGGACUGAGAGGCAGUGCUGAGGACGGGCAGGACUGAGGCCAGCUCUGUGCAGCGGUAUCGCCGUCCCCUAGCCCCGCAGCUGCCUCCCCUGAGGCCCCCUGAUGGUCUAGAGGCCUUGCUUGGAUGCAAGCCUGCUCUGGACCCCAGCAGACACUGAUGAAGCUCAGCAAAGCCUGCUCUGGUCGGCCUCCUGUUACCAGGCAGGGGCUCUGCCUUCCUUGAUGAGCCUUGUGGUUUGGGGAAUGGGGGCUCUUUCUGUAUGCCUGGCUGGAGGGGCCUGGACACCCCAGUCGAGGUGCGACACACCAGACGCGUUGCCAGGGAACGAGGGAUGAGUGCGCAGCCAAGAAAAAGUCCCCAGGUGCCUGGCAUUCUCCAGAGCCCUGGCUGGUCCCGCAGGGGACUUAACCCCCCAUGAGCCAGCAGGACCAAGAUGGCCCCCAAACUUGGGGAGAGACCAAUAGAGCUAAACGGGAGUGCUGAUGAGACCCAGCUCCAAGGAGCCCGAUGCCCGCGGAGCCCGAUGCCCAGCACAGGGUGGAGGCUGACUCCCUGGGAGCUGUGGGACACCAGGCAGCAGGCUUGGCCAAGCUGUGAGGGGGGCAGUGGCAGAUGAGGGCCCGUGGCUGCCCCCCAACCCCGUGAGGAUGCAGUCCCACGGCGUCUGCUCUGAGGAGGUCUGGUGAGGUGGACAGAGGGGUGCUUGUGGCCUCUGGCCCUUUAUUGUGAAACACCACCUUUGUAACCACUACCCAGGUCUAGAGAUUGAACAUGCAGAACCUCCUGCCCUUCAUUUUAGGUCAUGCUUUGUGGGGGAGUAAAAUGCACUUUGUUGGGGCUUUUGGCGAAAGCCUUCAGCGUCACCUUCUGGUACCUCCUUGGAGGGCUGGUGCGGAGCACGGUGGGCAGGGCGGGGUGUGUGCCUCGUGGCGCCCCAGUCAAGGCGGGCUUAAAGGCACUCUGAACGAGAAACAGGUGUAACAGUAUCACACACGCAAACACGUUUUCCCAUAUUCUCAGUGCUUUUUCCGUUUUUCUUCUGAUUCUAGUUAGAACCAUGAGCCCAUGAUGGAUGCGGGACUCUUCUCAAUUGCUCUUUGUCACUUCUUUAAUCUUAGUAAAUGAAGUGUUGAUUCCUGACAAAUACAUUAAAAGUGUUUUAUUCCUAGAAGAGUUGGGAAAAGAAAAUUAUUUUUAGCAAGAGUGGGAUGUGUUUGGUAGACUAAUUCCUUGGCCAAGAAAAAAGUAGCUUUUGAAUUGUGCAAAAAUUGCUCAGUAGUUAUGCUGUCGCCCCAAUUGUCAAACCGCUGUGCAGACAGUGCCGACCCAGUCAACUUCACCUUUUUUUAACUCAGAAGAUAACAAAAUUGUAAUCACUUAUCCUUUGUAGAGCCACGGGGAAAAAAGGAAGGUCUAAUCUGUGAUAAAAAGCAGAGCAUCCUGUGUGCUGAGGCCAUUUGAUAAUAAAGAAAGGGAGCGUUCCCCAUUGUGGGCUUCAAUUAAGAACCUCCCUUUGGAUAGAGAAGAAGGGUGUCAAAGAAGGAAAAGAAAAUUAAAUGUGUCUCCUUCUAGGAGUUUUUCCUCAUUAGUGAGUUUUGGUUUUGUUUUGUUUUCUGGUGCUACCGUGUCACUCCUGCAUUCCACAUGGGCGGCCAGCUCCUCUGGGUGCAGCUGAGGUGCUCAGGGUGGCGGCCGGACAGGCGGCAGCUGUGGCUGCAGUGGUGCAGGCCACGCUCCACUUCCUUUCGUGGCUGCAGCCAUCCAUUCUGAAUGUUUGUCCUAAUAACAGCUCCAGCAGGAGUUCAGUGCUCAUUAGUGGCCCUAGGAAUUUAAAAUGCAGUUCGUGGUUCUGUGCCACCAUGGUUUUCAUUAUUCUAAUAUUAAAUGAGAAGUCGUCCUGGG